GCGCUACCUUUAAGGCCAAGAUGCCAAAACAAUAUUCCGCAACAUAACUCGGCUUAUCUCCUGGCUAUGUACUGCGCCACAUGCCAAUGUGGGGGGUAGACAUCACAUCUUUGGAAUUUCAAGAUCUCUCUGGUAAUCCAUCAGGCCCUCGUCCGACACCACAGGCCCUGGGUCGUCGGCUCUCCCAGCUCAUACACCAUCACCUUCCACCACCACCAUGACCAAGAUAUUGACCUCCAGCCAAGCUGAGGAACUGUGAGUAUCCGCACGGCCUGCCGUAUGUUGCUUGCGCGCUUAUCUGCAAUCAGGCACAAGUCGAUAAUCGCCUACCUAUCAUCAAUAAAUGCCUCGCGGAGUUGUGAGGCGCUGCGGGAAGAGCUUCAGGUGGACAACAGUUUCGACGAUGCGCUUUGCCGGAAAUACGAGGGGCUGUUAGAAAAAAAGUGGACGGGCAUUGCUCGCCUGCAGAAGAAGAUCUUGGAUCUAGAAUCUAAACUGGCUGGUCUGCAAACCGAACUCGACACCAUAUCACCUACGGCCCGUUCCACUGGGAAAGACCCAACAAAUUGGCUCCCCGCAUCGCCCCGACAUACCUUCGAGUCGCAUCGAGACGCCGUCACAUGCGUCGCAUUUCACCCUAUCUUUACCUCACUCGCCUCCGGCUCCGAAGACUGCACGAUCAAAAUAUGGGACUGGGAACUCGGUGAAUUGGAGCGGACGCUCAAGGGCCAUAUGCGGCCGGUCUCUGAUCUUGAUUUCGGCGGCCAAAAGGGACAUACGAUACUCGCAUCUUGUUCAAGUGAUCUGCAGAUCAAACUUUGGGAUCCGAACAAGGAUUAUGCCAACGUCCGAACCCUUUCUGGGCAUGAUCAUUCAGUUUCCGCCGUGCGCUUCUUGCGACAAACAGAUAAUAUCCUUGUCUCGGCCAGCCGGGACGCAUCGAUUCGGAUAUGGGAUGUUUCGACCGGAUACUGUGUCAAGGUGAUCGACUCGCACGGCUCCUGGAUCAAAGACGUGUCACCUUCCUUUGAUGGGAAAUGGUUGGUGGCAGGUGGUCGUGAUCAGGCCGCUGUGGUCUGGGAAGUCGCAUCCGCCAAAUCAGUCGCGUCUUUAAUAGGACAUGAGAACUACAUCGAAUGCUGCGUGUUUGCACCCCCCGCCAGCUACAAGCAUCUGGCUGCGAUUGCGGGACUGAAGCAACCGCCUCCGUCGAGUAGCUCGUCUGAAUUCAUCGCGACCGGGGCGCGAGACAAGACGAUCAAGCUCUGGGAAUCUCGGGGCCGACUCAUCAAGACGUUGGUAGGACACGACAACUGGGUAAGAAGCCUGAUAUUUCACCCAGGUGGGAAGUACUUGAUCAGCGUGGCGGACGACAAGACAAUACGAUGCUGGGAUCUCUCGCAGGGGGGACGAUUGGUGAAGACAGUCAACGCGCACGGGCAUUUUGUUAGUUGCAUCCGUUGGGGCCCAGUUACUGUGAGCGAUGUUUCAGUGGAGAACACAGAAUCGACUAAAAGUUCCAAGACGGACGUUGUCAAACCUGGGUUUCGAUGCGUGAUUGCAACAGGGAGCGCCGAUUCAAGUGUACGGAUUUUCACGUAGUUUCAGAGACUCAGAUUAUGCCUCCGAACACGUAAACAACCCUCCUGCCCGAGGUUUCGGGCCCCAGCCCUUUUUCUCUCC